AUGCAUUUUGUGGAGACCAUCACUCUUUCUCGGGUGUUUUCACUCGUGUUCAACAAAAAAAUUAUGAGAAAUAAAUAUCUCUAUUAUGUUUAUUUGUUUCCGCACCUGUUCUGCUGCUUGUCGGAUGUCUCACAGGGAUGUGACGAGGACCGUCUGAAGUGGAUGUUCAAUAUGUACGACCUCGACAAAACAGGCCUGAUAACAGAACGAAACGUGGCGUACGUCAUCCACUCUGUUUACUUGCUGGCGGGAAAGGUGGCAGACGAGGAGGAAUUGAACGCCCAUGCUCGUAAUGUUUUCAAGCAAACCACGACAUCCUAUCAAUGCUCCAAGAAUAACAUCAAAAGACGAAGAUUUGUUAUCAUCAUUGCUCGCCAUGACAUCAAUAACGUAGAUGACAUGAGAAAUGGAGAUGGCAUCAACCAGAAACACUACACAUCAACAAACACAUGGGAAAAAUUAAGAGAGGAUUAA